UUUGAUGAAGAGAGUUAUUAUCAUUAUGAUGAUGAUGUUCAGACUGAUUUCCUGCUGGAUCUUUUCUCUCACGUGAAGAUCUAUGAGACUCAAACAGGCAGGAGUUAUCUUCCAGCAUUACAGUCAGUAUUUCAGUCUCCUGAUAAAUGGAUCAUAGAUCUCUCAGAGAGAAAGAUCUCCAUCCUCCUGGAAGUGCUGAAGCUCCAGAAAGAGAAGAAAGCAGUAGAUCUGAGAAGAUGUUCAGAGGAGAGAGAGAAGUGAAGAGUUUCCUUCAGUGUCUGCCCUACAUCUCACAGCUGAGAUUCUCUGAUCAGACUGAAAGUAGGAGAUUUCUUCAGAGACUCUUCAUUAAAGCAGCAGAGAUUGAGACACAGACAGGAGAACAGAUGCUGAAUCUGUUAGUGUCUUUCUGCACCAGCUCUUAUGAUUAUGAAUGGACUGACAUAUUUUAUGAUACUGAUUUCCUGCUGGAUCUUUUCUCUCACGUGAAGAUCUAUGAGACUCAAACAGGCAGGAGUUAUCUUCCAGCAUUACAGUCAGUAUUUCAGUCUCCUGAUGAAUGGAUCAUAGAUCUCUCAGAGAGAAAGAUCUCCAUCCUCCUGGAAGUGCUGAAGCUCCAGAAAGAGAAGAAAGCAGUAGAUCUGAGAAGAUGUUCAGAGGAAGAGAGAGAAGUGAAGAGUUUCCUUCAGUGUCUGCCCUACAUCUCACAGCUGAGGUUCUGGUUCACUGAUGAUGAAGAAAGGAUGUGUUCAGUCAGAUUCCUGCUGAAUCUCUGUGUUGCUGCAGAAGAAACUGACAGAAAUACAGGAACAAGAUUCUCCAGUCUGCUGUUAUCUGUGUGCAGCUACAAAACAUUCCCUUUUGAUGAAGAGAUUUAUUAUCAUUAUGAUGAUGUUCAGACUGAUUUCCUGCUGGAUCUUUUCUCUCACGUGAAGAUCUAUGAGACUCAAACAGGCAGGAGUUAUCUUCCAGCAUUACAGUCAGUAUUUCAGUCUCCUGAUAAAUGGAUCAUAGAUCUCUCAGAGAGAAAGAUCUCCAUCCUCCUGGAAGUGCUGAAGCUCCAGAAAGAGAAGAAAGCAGUAGAUCUGAGAAGAUGUUCAGAGGAAGAGAGAGAAGUGAAGAGUUUCCUUCAGUUUCUGCCCUACAUCUCACAGCUGAGGUUCUGGAGGUUCUGGAGGAUUCCUAAUAAAGAAGAAAGGAUGUGUUCAGUCAGAGUCCUGCUGAAUCUCUGUGUUGCUGCAGAAGAAACUGACAGAAAUACAGGAACAAGAUUCUCCAGUCUGCUGUCAUCUGUGUGCAGCUACAAAACAUUCCCUUUUGAUGAAGAGAUUUAUGAUAAAGAUGAUGAUGAUGUUCAGACUGAUUUCCUGCUGGAUCUUUACUCUCACGUGAAGAUCUAUGAGACUCAAACAGGCAGGAGUUAUCUUCCAGCAUUACAGUCAGUAUUUCAGUCUCCUGAUCAAUGGAUCAUAGAUCUCUCAGAGAGAAAGAUCUCCAUCCUCCUGGAAGUGCUGAAGCUCCAGAAAGAGAAGAAAGCAGUAGAUCUGAGAAGAUGUUCAGAGGAAGAGAGAGAAGUGAAGAGUUUCCUUCAGUGUCUGCCCUACAUCUCACAGCUGAGGUUCUGGAGGUUCUGGAGGAUUCCUAAUAAAGAAGAAAGGAUGUGUUCAGUCAGAGUCCUGCUGAAUCUCUGUGUUGCUGCAGAAGAAACUGACAGAAAUACAGGAACAAGAUUCUCCAGUCUGCUGUCAUCUGUGUGCAGCUACAAAACAUUCCCUUUUGAUAAAAAGAGUCAUAAUCAGAGUGAUUUCCUGCUGGAUCUUUACUCUCACGUGAAGAUCUAUGAGACUCAAACAGGCAGGAGUUAUCUUCCAGCAUUACAGUCAGUAUUUCAGUCUCCUGAUCAAUGGAUCAUAGAUCUCUCAGAGAGAAAGAUCUCCAUCCUCCUGGAAGUGCUGAAGCUCCAGAAAGAGAAGAAAGCAGUAGAUCUGAGAAGAUGUUCAGAGGAAGAGAGAGAAGUGAAGAGUUUCCUUCAGUGUCUGCCCUACAUCUCACAGCUGAGGUUCUGGAGGUUCUGGAGGAUUCCUAAUAAAGAAGAAAGGAUGUGUUCAGUCAGAGUCCUGCUGAAUCUCUGUGUUGCUGCAGAAGAAACUGACAGAAAUACAGGAACAAGAUUCUCCAGUCUGCUGUCAUCUGUGUGCAGCUACAAAACAUUCCCUUUUGAUGAAGAGAGUUAUUAUGAUGAUGAUGUUCAGAGGGAUUUCCUGCUGGAUCUUUGCUCUCACGUGAAGAUCUAUGAGACUCAAACAGGCAGGAGUUAUCUUCCAGCAUUACAGUCAGUAUUUCAGUCUCCUGAUAAAUGGAUCAUAGAUCUCUCAGAGAGAAAGAUCUCCAUCCUCCUGGAAGUGCUGAAGCUCCAGAAAGAGAAGAAAGUAGUAGAGCUGAGAAGAUGUUCAGAGGAAGAGAGAGAAGUGAAGAGUUUCCUUCAGUGUCUGCCCUACAUCUCACAGCUGAGACUGUCUAAAGAGACUUCCCAGAAGCUGGUUGAAUGUGUUUAUGAAGGUCAAGAAGAAGAACUGACUCGACGCUUCCUGCAGAAAGUGGAAGGAGAUCUGACGUCCUGUUCUUUGAACUGGGAAGAGCUUCAGUAUUUCCUGCGGUCCAGAAUUCAACAAAUCACUGUGGACAUCAGAAACAGCGACAUUCAGUGCAGAAUCAGUGAAAUUCUGCCUUUCCUAAACAGGAUUCAGUUUAAACGGAUGAGCUCUGCCUUCAUGCUGCGUCUGAUCAGAGAGAUCUAUGAGUCCGGCUCUGCUGCGUUUGCAUCCAAUCUGUUGAGUUCAGUGGAGAACUACAUUAACCUGCAGAGCAGAGAUCUGGACUCUGUUCACUGUGAUGCCCUACGCUUCACACUUCAGCACUGCACUGCAGCUUUACUCAAUCUACAGUGGACCUCCGUACCAGAAGAAGAGCUGGAGAGCAUCCUGCCUCUCUUCACACAUGCCUCCAGCCUCAGUGUUGACAGGUUGCUGUUGCUAAAGAUACUUCAUUGCUGCAGUGUCUCUGAUGUCCAGCAGGAGGCAGCAGCUGUUCUUCUCUCUGUCCUUCAGCACAAGCUGGACUUCUCCUGCCGCUUUGCUCUGGAUCUGACAACAAACACAGACUCUGAACUUCUACAUCUGACCACUGAUGACUGCUGUGUGAUGUCCAGAGUUAUUCAGAGAGCUCAUUCAGACACAAAGACACAGCUGAUUCUUCAGGACUGUGAGAUUCCUACAGCUGGAAUGAAUCAGCUGUUCCCAGUGUUACAUUCUGUUCAGCUCUGCUGUGAUAAACCUCUGCUGCUUCAGUUUCUGGCUCAUGUGAGGCCUGAGGAAGCUCAUUCUCUCUCUCAAGCUCUGGGUGGAGAGCUGGAUGUCAGUCAGACUCCGCUGGAUCUGCAGGCCUGUAGAGGUCUGGAGCUGAUUCUGGAAUAUUCUGAAGGACUGACAGAACUGGAUCUGAGUCAGUGCCAUCUCACAGAUGAUAGUCUGGAUCUGCUGCUCCCAAACCUCCACAAAGCGCAAAACAUUGAUUUUAGUGGCAAUGAUAUCACUGACGCUGGGGCUGAUAAGAUCUACAGGAUCGUCACUCUCAACAGUAACAUAAAGACAGUAAGGCUCUUCAGCAACAGAAUUGAUUCCAGGGAGCUCUUCAGCACAGACCCACGAUUUGAGAUCUGGUGAAAUUCUGGUGAAAAUUGGAAAAAUAACACAUGGGUAGUAAGGUAAAAACUAUGAGGAGUCUUCCAUCAGAGUCACAGAGCAGAAUGUAAACCACAUCGAUUCGUCUCUGUUACAUUAACUGUUUUAAAACAUUAUGAAAUCAAUCUUCAUUGUAAACUGUCUUUUCAUCUCUCUACCCUUUAAAUGAUUUUCAUUAUCCUGCAUUAUGGUGAUUUUAUGGGUUUAUUUAUUUUAACUGAACUAACUGGCAUCACUAAAUUC